AUGAGGCUGUUUCUGACGCUCCGUGCAGUGAACCUCGCCAUAGCCGUAGCAACCAUUCUGCUGCUGCUAGUGGUUCCGCAUACGAUCGCGGUCAAGAGGGCACCGGCGAGGAAGCCCCCAUCGCGUGCCGAACGGCUGCAAACCGAGCUCUUAACGGCGUUCAAGGACCUCGAUAAGAAGUACCCCUUUUUUUCCGUUUUUGCGCAACGUUUCUACACUGCGGCCAGGGUCAAACUUAUAUCCCUGGAGGGUCCCUCCACGAUCCUUGUUCCGUCCAAUAUUGGCAAUCAGUGCAUGAAGAAGACGUGGGAGGCUUUCACUCCCCAGCAGAGGCUUCGCAUAAUGAAGAAUCUGAUUAUUAAGGGAAAGUUCAGCAAGGAUCGGCUUCUAUCAACUGUACCCAUGUGGCAGUUCCCCACCAUGAAUAUGGGCCUGAAGCUGGUCAAGGUGAACAGCUACUCAACAAGGGAAUGCUAUUUCAAAGCUGUAGGCGGAUCUUCGUUUGGCCCAUUGAACAUGGCGAAUCUAAGCAUGACUAGGACUAUUCAAGUCCAUGGUAUCUCCACAGUCCCUAUCCCACUGAAUGCUUAA